AUGUCGCGUCCUGAGGAUAUUCUCCCGCCCGAUCUCUUCUAUAACGACAAUGAAUCCCGCAAAUACACAACAUCCUCUCGUAUUCGGAACAUCCAGGCCGAAAUGACCCAGCGUGCCCUCGAACUGCUCGAUUUAAAAUCUCCAUCUCUCAUUCUGGACCUCGGCUGCGGUUCGGGCUUAUCGGGUGAGAUGCUGUCUGAAGUUUCUCCCGAAGAUGGUGGCCCACACACAUGGGUGGGCAUGGACAUUGCCCCUAGCAUGUUGGAUGUUGCCCUUCAGCGCGAGGUGGAGGGUGAUCUGUUCCUUGCAGACAUUGGGCAGGGUGUUCCUUUUCGCCCGGGUACUUUUGAUGCCGCCAUCAGUAUCAGUGCUAUUCAGUGGCUGUGCAAUGCUGAGACAAGCGACGUCAGCCCCGAAGGACGUCUGAAGCGAUUUUUCGAGGGCCUCUAUGCCAGUCUGCGUCGUGGCGGGCGUGCUGUGUGUCAAUUUUAUCCCAAGAACGAUAUCCAGCGAAGCAUGAUCAGCGGUGCAGCUAUCAAGGCUGGAUUCGGCGCCGGUAUGCUGGAGGAUGACCCCGGCACCAAGAACAGCAAGCUCUACCUGGUCUUGACCGUGGGCGGUGGUGGUCUCUCGGGUGACAUCACUGGUGUUGUCAACGGCAUGGACGACGUGAACGUUCUGGACGCGCGGAGGAAGGCGAUGGAAGUGAAGAAGGCGCGUGGUCCGCCCAGGAAGGGCGAUAAGGAGUGGAUUAUGAGGAAGAAGGAGCAGAUGCAGAAGAAGGGCAAGGUCGUCAAGGCAAACUCCAAGUACACGGGCCGCAAGCGACGCAUUGCGUUCUGA